AUGUUUUCAAUUUCUCUCUUUUAUAUUGCAGGCUCUUAUGGUUCGUCUUCGAGAUCAUCCAAGUGGAAUACUGGAAACGUAGUUCGACACAAAAGGAACGACUUUCCUGUCGACAGCAUUUCAACACUUUGCACUCAAUACCGAGGUCACUUUGCAGCCCAGUGUUAUGGUUGCAAACCAAAGAAUGGACAGACGCACAUCGAGGCUUUCUGUCGCAACUAUCACUCGCAGUGCAACCGAAUUCCUUGUCUGAACACCUCUGGCAGGCCUUCGCUCAAACCCGGGGCUAUCGCCACUACGACCGAGAUUCCGUGGCCACCUAACGCGAACAACAGCAGGGUCGUCUGGCGGCUAUGCGAGAAGUACAAGUACGCAUUUCGAGUCAUCUGCCGUGGAUACGAAGUCCAGGAUUUGCGUCCGUACUGCAACACGUACCGCGUGUACUGCCUCAACGUCAAGCCAUUUCCGAUCAUCGAGGCGAACAUCGGUUUCAGCGAGCUGUGGGGCAUCUCCGGCAUUCCCUACUACCCGUUCAACAACGAGGGCUUGAUAAUGGCCGGAAGCCGCGAAAUUCACGAUUUCGGCGACUGGGGAUAUUCGAGCUCCAAGGUCAGUGGCAUACUGGACUUCUUAGCGGCCACCGGUGGAGACAAUGCCAACUGGCAGAGCGGCAGCGGGGGCAUCGCCAGCGGCAUUCCACUCGCCGGCUUCGGCUCGGAAACCACCGGCAUCAUGUCGAGUAUUUUCAGACCAAGAUACGCGAAGCUGAUCAUGGAUUUUGUGAAUGAAAUGGUCGAGGCAGGCAUCAUUUUGCGAAUGCCGUGGCUCCCUUGA